GUUUUCCCCGGUGUCUCUCCGCUGACGUUGUGGAGACCUCGAGCGCCGUACGCUUUUAUCCCGCGUGAGAAGGUUUUAGAUCUUCUCCACCCAGGCUCCAUGUCGCUUGUCCAAACGAAGUUGUCCGAUUGGGAAUUCGCUGAUGACACUGUAGUAUCCGGCCUUUUGCUGCAUGCGUUGCUGAGCUUUUUUGUCUGGGAUUUUAGUGUUGGCCGCUCUCUCGGUGUGAGGGCCAACCGUGACAAGACGGAGG